CACAUAUAUGUAUAUGUAUAUAUCAUAUGUAUUCCUAUAUAUAAUAUAAUAUUUACAAUAAGUGUAGAAGAAAGUUGUUUAGAUGUCGAAAGACGGAUUUUAGGCCUAUUUCGCGACACAUUGAUUUGCACAGUGCUACGAUUAGCAAACUAUAGACACAGGCUCGUAUAAAUUUAAUUAUGGUGAUUAAUUCGUUGUUCUUUUCUUUUUUUAACUUUUUUCCACUCAGAUAUCCUUCAUGUCCUUCCGUUGCAAUAAUUUUAAAACAACAAGAUAUUAUUUAAAAACAAAAAGAUUGAAUGAAAAUUAUUUCUGUAACUAUGACAGCAAAAAAGAUAUAAUCGGAAAAGAUUUUGUUCGAAACUGAGGCACUGUUAAAAAAGUUACGAGAAAAGUUUAAAUGCAAAUACAUCUUUUAUUAUUUUGAAAAUUGAUUUCCAAAAUUUAAUUGUUGUCAUCUCUUCUUAUUUCUCUUAAACAAGAAUUUGAAAUGUUUAAAUUUGAAUUUAAUUGGUUGGAACUUGUGCAACGGAAAAACAUGGCGUACGGCCAUUACGAGAAAUCAGUUUGUGCGAAUUUUUUACACGUCACUAAUCGCUGAAAAUCUUUUAGCGCCAGAACGAUCGACUAUCAAAACUAUAUUACGAAUAUAAAGUUAAGUUUUACCUUAAUUUGUAAAGAGUUGAUAUGGCUGAACAAACAGCAAUACGAUGAAGCUAAGAAAGGUCCGCUAAUUCAAAGUUGACUCUUCGAUUUCGAGUCGGCGUCUGUAAAAAUUUUAUGGUUAUACGUCAGUAUACAAUAUUUAUACAUUAUCGCGAUUGUUUAACAUGUAAAUUUGAACAAGAACAGAAUCUUACCGAUGUUCUAGCACUAAUUAGUGAUUAUAUGACGGAAAAAGAAAACAUUUUUAUCACACUCGGAAUUGUAAUUGACACGGCGCGAAUCAAACCGAAAAUUGCACUGCGCAGUUAAACUUAAAAUUGGAGGGAAAUUCGUUCCGAUGACAGCGCCACCAGUCACCUCCGCUAUCUAGCACUAGAUAUAGGAACUACAAUGACUUUUUCUCUUGUGCCCAGGAUCACAUAUGUAGUUAUUCGAAAUCUAGAUUUAUUUCGGGUUAAUCGAGAUCUUUAAAAUUCAGUGCCCUUUUCGUUUUGUGUUGUUCGAUUCGAAAAUUCAUAUUCUCUCGUAAUAACCGUUCUUUUCGUAUUAACGAAUUUUAAUCGAGCUUGUUGUGCAUGAUAUUAUAUAAGAAAGUAUACGAAAUUAUCGAUUGUGACUUAGGUUAUGGCUAUUGUUGUAACUGAAUGUGACAGAACGACUUGUUUUUCAAGCAUCAUGGGAAGUGGAAAAGAAGUCUUGGCCAGGUCCAUUUGUUCGAUCACUUCUACCGUCACCGAUACACACAUUGAAAUCAAAAGGAUACCGCUAUGGACGAUUAUAAUUACCAAUAAACGCAACAGACGACUGUUUAAAAUGCUGGAAGAAUUUUAUCGAUUGGAAAAAUAUAUACUGCAUGUUAUACCAACUCGUUCCCAAUCAGUUAAGAUAGUGAAACAGACGAUGGCCAUCCAUUGGAAAGAAUGUUAAUAAAAAUUGCGAGAGAUAAAGUUGCCUUCCAAUCUCCUUCAUUUGGAAUAAAU